CGCCGGCUCAAGGAAAGAUGGUGUUGCUUUCACUACAGUGCGCGGUUGUAGGCCAGGCAGGAAGCUCGUUCGAUGUGGAGAUCGGCGAUGGUGCGAAGGUGAGCGCGCUGAAGAGGGAGAUCAAGAAGGAGAAAGCAUCGACGAUCACAUGCGACGCCAAGAACCUGCAGCUCUUCCUGGCGAAGACGGAGGGCGGCGCGUGGCUGUCGAGCGUCACUGAAGAUGUGAAAAAGCUGAAGAAGGGGGAGAAGACUGCUCUCGUCGAAUCUCUAACGCAAGAAGAAAAGGAGCUGCAGGGAGAGUCCGGCCUCAAGAAAGUGUUGGUGGGGAUGCUGCCGCCAUCCACCGAUGAAAUCCACGUGCUGGUGGUGGUUCCAGAUGGGGCUGGUGGUUCAGCGAGUGACACUUCCAGGAUGGAUCGUCUAUUCGAUAAGGUCGACAAAGUGUAUGAGCACACUGUGCUGUCCAAGCGUACGCGAUAUGUCCACUUAGAAAUGAACUCAGCCAAGGGAAACAUCCUUUUGAACGAUUUGAAAAUUCGGAUUUCGCCUGUGGACACAGUUAAAUUUGCCGGUGGAGUUCCGACUCCAGCAAAGGAAUUCAAGUGGAAAAGUGACCGUACCGAGGAGCUGCAAAAGGAACCUUAUCGUGAGUACGUGGUAGCCAACAUUGGCGAUGUCUUGACGAAUAACAAGCUUUGCGUGGUUGGUGUGGAAAAAGGCGUAAACAUCCUCACCGUUGAAGUCCCUGGUCGCGAUAUUGUUCUUGCUGGUCGCACGGAUAUGAUUGUGCUGAGUGAUAUAGCCCAGAAGUUUCCACAUUACUUGCCUCAUUUGCCUGGAGUGAGGAUGUUGAUCGAAGUGAAAAAGGUGGUGACAACAGCGUCCGAGUUCCAGGCUUUGUCGGAAUUGAUUGCAUUGGAUUUCAUCGUUGAAGAAUCAGUGAUGGCACUGCUCACGAACUUGACAAACCAUUGGCAAUUCUUUUGGGUCUCCAGGAAGAGCGACGACCGUGCCAUCAUAGAGACUACAACCUUAAUCGCGCCAGGUGAAGCAUUUGCGGUGAUUAGGACUCUGCUUGACCAGUCACCGAGUGCAGGUGCCGAGGUCAGCCUUCCGUGCUUAGGAAAACCUGUGAAGCGUCAGAAGCUAUCCCAGUUGCUGCCGUCCAUCAGCGAGGCUAGUGGGAGUAGUGGGAUCCGUGAGAGCAUCGAACGAUAUUAUGACAUCGCCAGUAUGUUAGGUCCCGACUUGGAGAUGGCGCGUGCUGUGGCUAGCCAGGUUGCUCGAUCUAUUCCUACUUUGAGUUAUUUCAGCUGAUUCUUGCUGCGGCAUUCUGCAUUAAUAAAAUUCUUUUUAUUUCUGACAAAUAAAAUGUUCUAGUAUAAUAUAAAGUCCAAUGACAUACACACCUGAACAGUAUCAACUACACAAGGAGCGCAUCAGAGCCGCUCAGAAGCGCUACUACCUGAAGACGCGCGAGACUCGCUUAGCGUACCAGAAAGGCUACGACGAUAAGAACAGAGAUUACAUUCGUUUCAGGAAGCGAAAGCAAAAGACGAACUUAACGAAAGUGUCGAAAGCGAACCUAACACCGAAACCGAACUUAGCUAAUUAAUUAUUUUUUCGCAGAUAAAAAGUCAAUCUUGAUAUAGCUGAUGCAUAACAUAGACAACAC